CAAUUUCCAAUUUUAUUACUUAUGAGAAGUUUUCUAAUAAACAUAAAGCAUUUUUGGCGGCCAUCACUUCACGUGAUGAGCCACAACGGUUUUCACAGGCCAUUUUAGAUCCAAAGUGGCGGGAAGCUAUGCAGAGGGAGAUUCAUGCUUUAGAAGAAAAUGGUACAUGGACCUUGGUUCAGCUACCUCCAGGGAAGAAAGCAGUAGACUCUAAAUGGGUCUAUAAAAUAAAAUAUAAACCUAACGGCGAUGUGGAGCGCUACAAGGCAAGAUUAGUAGCCAAAGGUUUUACGCAAGUCGAAGGAAUUGAUUUUCACGAGACAUUUGCACCAGUUGCUAAACUCAUCACGGUACGUUGUUUGUUAGCCGUUGCGGCCAAACGCAAUUGGGAGGUACAUCAAUUAGAUGUCAAUAAUGCUUUUCUUCACGGAGACCUCUCAGAAGAUGUUUACAUGCGUGUUCCUCAGGGGUUUACUAAAAAUGGUGACACCCGUGUUUGCAUGUGUACAUCAAUUUAUGCUCUUCUUUUAUCUCUUACUCCUUAUUUUUUAUUUUCUCUUUUCCUUUUCUUUGCUCUCCUCUCCUCCCAGGCAUGUGUUUGUUACUUUGUUCUACCUUCAACCCUUCUAUUAUUUUUCUUUUCUCCCGAUUCUCACCUCUUUCUCCUGCUUUGUAUUCUUCUUUUUGUUUCUUCCUUUUUAUUUUCAGAUGGCAACUCGUAAGAAAAAUUGGGACUACAUCAAAACUUGUUUCCUGUAAGGCCCUUUCCAUGGCAGAUUCUUCUUCAUUGUUUUCCAGUUCUUGUAUUCUGUCAUUACACUUGGGUAGCAACAAAUAGAAUUAGAGAUUUGGGAAAUUUGUUGGAAGCCGGUGCAAAGGAAGUAGAGCUGCUGGGAGGAAACAAGGGAGGAGUGGUGGUGGAGACUCACCAAUAAACAGAGAAAAUGACCUUUGGCUUCCAUGAAUUGCUGCAGCAAGAUUGAGCUAUGAAAAUUAAAGGGUAUAAACGAGUUUUAAAUGGACCAGCCGAUCAAAACGCUGCCCCCUCUAUCGUCUUUGAUUUCGGCAUUUUCUAUCUGAACAACCAAGUGAAACAUCCAAUUACCAAACCAUAAUAUUAGCUGGAUGGAUAGACAACCAAGCUAAUUUAGAUCAAAGCAGCCAAAAGUUGGUUGAUCACUUGUUUGCCAAACACAACCUUUAUGACAUGUUCUUCAAAAAAUUAUUUGACGUCAUUCCCGAUUGAAUUUUUAACUGAUUUUUUUUUUAGUAAACUGGAUUUGAUGGAGAACAUGUCAUAAAAAUUUUCAAAAAAAUCCACCGGAAAGAUGGACAAAAGCCGCCGGCCGUCGGAACGGCAGUUCCUAUCCGGAAUUCCGGACAUGAACUAUUCUCUAUAGAUGCAUUCACAUUAUUAGUUAGUUACAAAAACUAACACAUAUGUGGG